GCCGCCAGAGCCGCCAUGGAGCGAUGGGCGGGCAGAGUGGCCGUGGUGACGGGCGCCAGCUCCGGCAUAGGGGAAGCCAUCGCCGUGCAGCUCGUCAAGAAGGGCAUGGUCGUCGUGGGCGUGGCCAGGAGGCUCGAGGUCCUGCAGAAACUUUCCGAGACGUUGCAAAGUGAGCCUGGAAAGCUGUAUCCUCUGACAGCGGACUUAACUUCCGAGGAAGACAUAUUGUCUGCCUUCAAAUGGAUAGAGAGCAACCUAGGAAGAGUUGAUGUUAUGGUGAACAAUGCCGGGAUAGCUCUCAAAGCCGGACUUGUCGACGGCCGGACGAGCUACUGGCGCCUGAUCCUGGACACCAACGUGCUGGCACUCAGCAUCUGCACCAGGGAGGCCGUGCGCGUCAUGAGGCAGCGAGGGGUCGACGACGGACACGUCAUCCACAUCAACAGCAUGUACGGCCACUACGCCUCCACCGUGGCCGACAACGAGAUGUACGCGGCGUCCAAGCACGCCGUCACGGCGCUCACCGAGGGCCUCCGGAGGGAGCUCGUCCAGCUGGGCAGCGGCAUCAGGGUCACGAGCAUCAGCCCCGGGUUCGUGGACACGCCGCUGCUGACGGCGCCCGAGAGGGAGCUGGAGGCGGGCUUCGUGCAGUCCAACCCCCUGCUGCUGCCCGAGGACAUAGCGGGGGCGGCGCUGUACGCGCUGGGGACCCCGCCCCGCGUGCAGGUGGGCCUCUCUGCCUCGCAUCCCAGCUUUCUUUUCUUUUCCUCACAUGUUUUAUUUACGUCAUUUCUUUUACCUCGAAAGCUAUUUAUAAAAAUUCAACUCGUUACCCACCGUCUCAUUUGUGUAAAAAAAGGCCCGAAAGUGUUUUCAGUAAUUAACAUAACUUGCACGACUUUUUUGAUGUGUAACUUUUUUUUUUAGCUUUUGGCACAUGCAAUUGUUAGGAGUAAUUUCUUGAAUGGAACUGUAGGUAAUGUGUAAACACGGCCAAUCUUCACAAAGCCUUAACUGUUUAAUUAAUUUCAACUCGAUGGCCAGUAUUUUUAAUAAAAUUCAUUCGCCGGAAAAAAAAGUCCAAAGCCGUAUCUGGAAUUUUUUUUAAGUAUUUUUUUUUUCGCUUUUAUCGCAGUUGUUUCAUUACAUAGUUUAAAGUUUCGCUGUGCAAUUCUAACGAUUCAAUACUACUUUAGUAGCUGCUCCGGGCUGCGGGUGCGGAAACUAAGUCUGAUUCGCGUCAUUAAAUGUACAUAGCAGAAUACACAAGUUUAAUAUAUUAAUCACGCUCGGCAUUAUUUUAAAUAAUUAUACGAUAAAUUUAGGGUCAGAGUUUUGUACUAUAAGUUUAGUUGCAACAUGAGAACACGUGAAUUUGAUCGUUACCGAUGUUAAAUGUUACACAUCUCUGUUAAGUACUGAAAGACUCUUUCGCUUUUUUUAAAGCUAUUUCUGGAAAUUUAACUCGAUUUCAUUUGUUGUUCUGCCACAAAUAUCAUGGGUUUAAAAAUGCCAGCAAGUGACUUCGUAAUGGUACUUGCACGACUUUUUAUGCCCAUAAAAUUAAACUUAAUGAAUAGCUGUUGAAAAUAUUUGUGGCUGAACAAAAAUGAAUUUUAGAAAUAGCUCUUGGAUAAAUAAAUUACGGGAAACCUUAAAAGAUCCGCAUUGCGUUUGAGACCGAUCCUUAAGUUCGUUCCGUCGAGGUCAUUAGAGACGACGGAGGUGUCCAUGAGGUGAGGACGAAGCAGUGACGGGAGUACCCCGAGAAAACCCCUGCGGUUUGGGGCAACGACCGAACACGUUUCUCACCCGCGAAAAUAAUUGGACAAUGACCUCCGCCGGGAAUCGAAUCCAGAUAACCUUGGUGGAACAUGGCAAUGUUUACCACCAACGAGCUUAUCCGGGACUCGAACCCAGAACUCCUUGAACUGAAAGCAGACUGCGCUACGGAGGUCUCAACAAAUGUCUCAAUCCAAGAUCUGAUAAGUGGAAAAAUCAAAACUCUUUUAACUUUCAGAUUGCAAGUUUCAAAAAGGACAAAGUGUAUUUUUUAAUUAAUUGCUUAUUAACGACUUUACUUUAGGGCUUUGUGAUUUCAUUUAGCUACUUUUUUCCCCCAUGAAGUUUUUAAAUUUGUGGACUUAGAUGAUCAAAGAGAUAUUCUUCAACACAUUUCUUUGAGUUUCAUAAUUUAUGCGUUGUUACUGCUCAAAAUCACACUUUUCUUGUGAUAGUGUUUUUUGAAUAACACUAGAACAAAGUAUGCUGCUGAAAAUAAACAAUGAUAUGAAAUUACUUUUGACUUAUUUGAUAACAAUAAAUAUCAUAGCAUAUGGUAAAAUUAUACUAAAAAUGCAAUACCUUACGAGCAUGUGUUUUUGAAUUAAUUUUUAAUUUUUGUAAAUAGCUAAUAGUUUUCUUAUUUGCAUCAACCAGAAAUACUCAAAAUACUACUUCUAAUUAUGCAGAACAAAUGUAAAGAUAAAAUUGUUAGUUAAUUUGUUUAAGUAAUGUAAAUAAAAUGAUGAAACAUUACAUUUACGUCAUUUGAAACUUUACAUUACUUUGUUUACCUGUUGUUACGAUCAAGUUAUAUUAAAUAAGAAACACAAAUUAAUAUACAAAAUAAAAUAGAGUUAAUAUUUUAUAUAAGGUUUGACUGAUGUCAUGGUUGUUAAUGAUUGUAUUAUAAAUUCAUUUUACAUUAUAAUUAAUUUAUAACAUAUUUUGCUUAUCAUCUUUCAGGUUCACGAGAUUAUAAUAAGACCGGUUGGAGAGAGAUAUUAGUAGGUACCAAAAUGGUAAUAAUAAAAGUUUUAAUUGCAAUCAGUGCGACUUCUGUAAUAUGUAAAGUGAUAAAAAGCAAAAAAAAAAAAAAUACUGAGUUUUAUUUCAGUCAACCUUAUACAUUUUGCCACUAAAUUUGUGAACAGCAAAAAAGUUCAGUACAAUAACGUUGUUUUGAGUGGGUCUAAACGAUU